AUGCACUUACAACGCCUUCUCAGCAUUACGAGCAUCUUGGGCCUGGUUGUCCAGGGCUCAGCAGCGCAAGGGACUGCUGGGAUUGGGGCCUGUAGAAAUACUACCGUGGCCAUCCUGGGAGGUGGAAUGGCGGGGAUUACUGCUGCGCAAGCGUUGAACAAUCAAUCCAUCUCCGACUUUGUCAUCGUUGAAUACCAGAACAGAAUCGGCGGGCGGGUGAACCAUACGACAUUCGGACAAAAGGCAGACGGCACACCCUAUGGUGUUGAACUCGGAGCAUACUGGGUGCAAGGGGCCGGUGCAACAAAUGGCUCUGGAAACCCGAUAUUGAGAUUGGCCCAAAAAUAUAAUCUAACAACGGCGCUCUCCGAUUUCACCUCGAUGCAGACCUACGAUGACACCGGAUCGGUUGAUUACACUUAUCUACUGGACGAAUACGAAAUAGCGUCUAAGAAAAUGGCAGAAAUUGGCUCAGUUAUCCUUAAAAACAACCUACAGGACAUGAGUAUCCGCCAAGGCAUGGCCUUGGGAGGAUGGAAACCUAAGGUUGACGACAUGGCGGCCCAGGCAGUAGACUGGCUGAGAGGCGAUGUGGAAAGUGCCUCCCCUGCCGGUGAGAGCUCCCUCGCCUUCAGCCUUGCGGCAGGUGGCUUUACCUUUGGCCAAUUCGGGCCCGAUAAUCACCUAGUCACGGAUCCGCGCGGAUACAGCGCUAUUAUCGAGGGCGAGGCAGACACCUUCCUGGAGAAUAAUGACAGCCGCCUACUUCUCAAUACUAAAGUCACCAACAUUAGCUACUCGGACACUGGGGUCACAGUCUAUAAUCAUGAUGGCACCUGUAUUACGGCGAGCUAUGCCAUCUGCACCUUCUCCCUUGGCGUCCUACAGAACAUGGUGGUGGACUUCAACCCCGAGCUCCCUUUAUGGAAACGCACUGCGAUCCAAAAAUUCACCAUGGGGACCUACACCAAGAUCUUCAUGCAAUUCAACGAGACCUUCUGGCCGAAGAACAGCCAGAAUUUACUAUAUGCCUCCCCGGAACGGCGUGGCUACUUCGCAUCCUUCCAGUCGCUGUCUGCACCUGGCUUCUUAGAAGGCUCGAACAUUCUGUUUGCAACGGUUCUCGCUGAGGAGGCUUACCGCGUUGAGCGCCUUUCCGAUACUGAGACCCAGGCUGAAAUCAUGGCCGUCCUGCGAGAGAUGUUUCCCGGGACCACUAUCCCUGAACCAACUGCUUUCCUAUAUCCUAGAUGGAACAAGGCGGAAUGGGCAUAUGGGAGCUACUCAAACUGGCCGCUAGGAACCACUCUAGAGAUGCACCAGAACCUGCGCGCCAAUACUUCACGAUUGUGGUUUGCGGGCGAGGCGACAAGCUCACAGUACUUUGGCUUUCUACAUGGGGCAUGGUUUGAGGGUAGGGAGGUCGGAGCGCAGAUUGCGGGGUUGAUACAGGGCCAUUGUACAAAUGUGACUGAGGAGAACGAGUGUGGGGGAAGGAAGUAUUAUGAAACCUUGACAGGGUCCACGCCCUCAAACGCCUAUACCGUAGAAAACGGAUGGCCUGGUGGUUUGCUUUAUUAG